AACAAGACGAAGCAGUAUUUAGAUUACGAACGCAACAUCGUCUUUGAAUUUCUUAGCACAAAUUUUAUCAGAUAAUUUUAUAAGUAAAGUUGUAUUUGUACGAUGUGGCCCAUGAAGCAUGAUAAAAGAGGUCAUAGAUGGCAUUGAGUACAUGAGUCAGUAAAUAUCUUGCAUAAUACGUUAGUGAUUAGUACGACAUAAAGUAGCUAGUUUAGUAGCACAUAAAAAAUGUAAAUACUUAACGCAAGACAUUACUCACUAGUAGUACAAACGCUGUCCAACAAGAGCUACAAGUAAUUCGUGCAACAUGGCAGCUCUAACAUCAGCUAAGAGUGCUUUAAGAAAGGAAAUCAAAGAAAUUCUGAAAACCAUUAGCUUGGAGGAAAAACAGAAGCAAUCUGCGAGUAUAUUCAAGAAACUAUGUGCACUGAAGCAAUACCAAGACAGCAAGAGAGUGUCGCUGUAUCUGAGCACCAAUGACGAAGUCGACACCGUGCCCAUAUUAAAACAUAUACUUGAUAUGGGUAAAGAAGCAUUUGUUCCGCAAUAUCAGGGGAAAACCAUGGAAAUGGUGAGAUUAAAAUCGAUGGAUGAUUACGAGACACUGCCGUUCACAAAAUGGAACAUCAAACAACCAAGCAUCACCGACCGUCGCCAGAAUGCUUUGGAAACAGGCGGAUUAGAUCUCAUAAUUCUACCUGGUGUUGCCUUUACUACAAAUGGAAAGCGUUUGGGACACGGAAUGGGAUACUAUGACAAGUACUUAAAGAGAUGUUUUCAAAGACAGAGCGCGAAACCGUAUCUAGUUGCGGUGGGGUUCAGAGAACAAAUAAAAGAGGACAUUCCCACUAAUGAAGAUGAUGUGCUAGUCGAUGUUGUACUUACUGGACAAUAAAUGGAAUUUACAACUUGCUUUAUGUAUACUUUUUAGAAUAAAAUCUUUUUCCAACUUA